AUGUCACUCCUAAUUGUAAAGAAUAUCCCAAAUUUAAUAACAGAAUCUCAAUUAAAGACAAUCUUUGAAAAAAAAGGUGAAGUUUCUGAUGUUAAAGUUAUUUUUAAAGGAAAUAAGAAUAGAAGGUUCUGUUUUAUUGGGUAUAAAAAUGAAUCAGAUGCAAUCAAAGCAAAAGAACAUUUUGAUAAAACGUAUAUAAUGAUUGUCUAAAAUAUCUGUUGAUUUUGCUAAAACUAUUGAUGAUCCUUAAUUACUUAGAGCUUGGUCAAGACAUACACAAGGAUCAUCAGCAUUCAAAAAAAUUCAUAAAAGUUAAGAACCAGAAAUUAUAAAAAGGUAAAAAAGAAUAAAGAAGAUUAAAAAGAAUAAGAAAUAUCUAAAAAUGAUUAAAAAUCAAAGAAUUUUUAAGAGUUCUUAGAAUUAAUGAAAAAUAAUAAGAAAACCAAUUAAGAGAUAUCUUGGAAUUAUAAUGUAAAUAAUUAAGUAGAUGAAAUAUUUGAAAAGAUUGAAAAAGAGAAACCAAAAAUAGGUCAAUAACCUAAAUCUAAUACACUAACAAAUGUAAAUGAAAGAAAAUUAUAUGUUACUAAUAUUCCAUAUACGAGUACAGAAUAGGAAUUAAGAAUUGUAUUUAAAAAUAUGGAACUGUUUCUAGUUUGAAAAUACCAAAAUAAAGAGGAGGAUCACUUUCUGGUUUUUGUUUUGUUGAGUAUCAAUUACCAGAGGAAGCAAUUAGGGCAUUUAGUGAAUUAGAUAACAAAAUUGUUUUUGGAAGGAUCUUUCAUGUUAGACCUGCAUUUAAGGAUGAUAAAGAAGAACAAUUAAAAUAAGAAUAAUAAUUGAAAUAAGAGAAAAUGAUUGGAGAAGAAAAAUCAUCAUAUAAAAAGUUUAAAAAAUAAUAGAUGCUUGAGAGACUUAAUGAUACUACAUCAUGGAAUACAUUAUUCUUAAAUCCAAAUACUAUUAUUGAAGGAAUUUGUAAGAAAUAAUCUUUGGAUAAAAAGGAAAUCUUAUCUGAAGAAAAUGAUGGUAUAGCUGUUAAAAUGGCUCAAAUGGAAACUUAAGUAAUAAAAGAAACUAAAGAUUGGCUUAAAAGUGUUGGUUUGAAUAUUGAUUUUUUAAAAGUAGAAAAGAAUUAAUGUGAAAGAUCAAAUAUUACUAUUUUUGUUAAGAAUAUUCAAUUUAGAGUUAAUGAAACAGAUUUAAAUGAACUUUUUUCAAGAUAUGGUUAAGUAAACAAUGUAUUCCUUGCUCCAAACAGAUCAAUUGGAAUUGUUACUAUGUAAGAUGAUAAGUAGGCUACAAAUGCUUUUACUAAUCUAUAAAAUUAUAAAUUUAAAGGAUCAAUUUAUAUUUGGGAUGGGCUCCAACAACUUUAAUGGGAGAAAUGAAUACAAAUAAUAAUGUAAAUCCAUAAAUUGUAGAAUAAGAAAAUUAAUUAACAAGAAUUCUUUAUGUCAAGAAUAUUAAUUUUAGUACAACUGAAAUAACUUUAGUUAAAUUUAUAUCUUCAAAAGUUAAUGAUAUAAAAAAAGUGACAAUAAUUAAUAAAGAAGGAGUUUCUUAAGGUUAUGGAUUUAUUGAAUUUGAUAAACCAGAAUCUGCCCAAAAAGCAUUACGUUUAAAUAAUUUGAUUUUAGAUGAUCAUUUAUUAUAACUCAGUUAAACCAAAACCUAAAUAAGGUAUUAAUUAAUUAUAUUCUAAUAGAUUUAAAUAAAAGAAAAUAAAAAUAGGAAAUAGAACCAACAAACAAACUUUUAAUCAAAAAUUUACCCAUUGAAGCAAAUGCCUAAGAACUAAGAAGAUUGAUCAAAUAAUAUGGAGAACUUAAAAAAUUAAGACUUCCUAAAAAACUUGAUGGAAGAAGAUUAGUUAUUGAAUAUUCAAAAGAAGAGUGA